UAGGUACUGAAACUAUAUUAAAACAGAGAUUUAGUGGUAUUACAGGGGCUUUUUUAGUGCUCUAUCAUGGAAAACUUCUAGCUUUUCAUCAGGGAUAGUCGCGUAUAAUUUCUAUUGGGAUGUUUAGGGGAAGUUGGAUGAGAUUGAAGUUGCGCUUCCACCGAAGUAUACGUACAUUUCUUAUUGGGGCUCAGAGUAUGGUCACGGUUCCAGGCCCUCGUUACAUAUACCCAGAGUCCGUAACGCAGCUGUUAAACAUGGGCUUUCCAGAGGAAACUGUCAAGAAUGCCCUUACCAAGUUUAAUAAUGUAGUCCAAGCUGCUGAGUGGAUCCUUAACAGUCAAGAUGAUAUUGAUCACUUAAAUAACCGUCAGCAUUCAAAUUUAAGUGGGGAAACCUACGUUAAUGAAGAACAUUCCGUUUUAAGUCCUCACCAACGCUACCUUGCUCUCUUUUCUACCUUUCUUAAUGACUUUAACAUCGUUUGUGAAGGAGCUAUCAUCCAUAAAGAGGAGUGCGUUGCAAGCUUUGAUAAUGCCUACAACCCAGAUGGUCUGUAUAUUUGCACGAAUUCCUUUGUCUGCGUGAGCCGUCGUUUCCUAGACCUUCACCACCUCUUGACUGGCCAGAAUGUUUAUCUGCAUAUUACGAAAAAACUUGAUCCGCGGUUAAAUGAUACUCAAACAAAUCUAGAAGCGAAGCCUUCUGUGCUUGGAAUUGGUGUUCCUGGAGGAUUCAACGUCGAAGAACGCAGCUUAUACAAAGAUGUUUACUCUCUCUACCUUUAUAAUUCUGCAGAGGAAAUCCUUAUUGAGAACAACUCUAAUCUUCCUUCCUUUGUUGAGCGCUCAGUAAACUCGAUCAUACGGAGUGAGUCUGGCUUUAGCAGAGAAAAAGUUGCAGAGUGGCAGGAAACACUUAAAGAAUCUACUUACGCCAAAAGCUUAGUUCAGCUUGAUAAUGGCGUAAAGAUUCCUCCGACUGGCCAUCAGUGUCAGAAAUGUACAUUAAAGCGAAAUCUUUGGCUGAACUUGACAGAUGGCUCGAUUCUCUGCGGCCGGAAGCAACCGGGCAUCGUGGGGAACUCGCACGCUCUUCUGCACUACCAGCUAACAAAGUAUCCUCUUUGCGUGAAACUGGGCACUAUUUCUUCUCAAGGAGCCGACGUCUAUUCCUACCCCGAAGACGAGAUGGUGAAGGAUCCCUUCCUCGAGAAGCAUCUAUCCCACUUUGGGAUAGACAUGCAUAUUCUACAAAAAACCGAGAAGACAAUGGCGGAGUACGACAUCGAUGUGAAUUGGAAACAUGAGUGGGACCUCAUAACCGAAAAGGAUUACGAACUAGAAAAGUGUUAUGGGCCUGGUUUCACAGGAAUCAUCAACCUCGGAAACACAUGUUACAUGGCCUCCGUCCUGCAACUCAUUUUUUCUUUAAAAGAAUUUAUUGCAAAGUAUUAUGAUGGCUACUACGAGUGUGUCAAGGAGAAUAUACUGGCCGAUCCUGUAAAUAAUUUUUCUCUACAAAUGUCCAAACUUGCCUUUGGACUUUGCUCCGGAGAAUAUUCGACUGAGACCCAAAACAAAAUUCUUCGAGGGAUUAGACCGUCCAUGUUCAAAGCGCUGGUAGGUAAAGGCCAUCCUGAAUUUGCCACUGGUCGGCAGCAGGACGCUUCGGAAUUUUAUCAAUAUCUUAUGGAGUACAUUCACCGCAAAGAGACGAGCCGCGGACAACUGGACCCCUCACAAGUUUUCAGAUUCCAAUUGGAAGAAAAGCUGGUGUGUGGCGCGAGCGGCCACGUGCGCUAUACCCAGUUUUCCGAAAACAUGUUGUCCCUGACCAUUUCCAGCGAGAUGGCAGCCAAUGAGAUGGAGUACUUGGAUUAUAAAAAAAGAGUGGAGAACGGAGAAAAGGAUGCUUCGCCGGUUUACUUGAACAUACCUUUGGAAAAAUGUCUAGAAAAAUUCUUUGCCGAGCAGGUUUUAUUAGAAUGGGUUUCUUCCGUAACCAAAAGCAAGACAAUAGCAAAGAAGACCGUCCGAUUUGCCACUUUUCCAAAAUACCUGCUUAUCCACAUUCAAAAGUUCUACGCAGAUGAGAACUGGACGCCGAGAAAGUUGCCGGUGUGCAUCGAGUUUCCCGACAUUCUGGACUUGAGUUGUUUCCGACCGCACGUGAGAGGUGACGAACCUCUUCUGCCGGAAGACGAGGGCUCCGUAGAACAUCCGUGUGGGGUAGUAGUUAGUCACGAUAUAAAAGUCAAUGAAAUUCUGAAAGUAGUAAAUUCUUAUGGCUUCCCUCGAAAUGUAUGUUUGAGGGCAGCAGCUUUGAUGAAGGAUGAAGGGGUUGAAAGCGCUGUGCACUGGUGCUUAGCUAACAGUGGGAAUAGUGACGCUAAUGCUUCCUUGGACUCUUCUUUGCUGGAGCAGUUAUCACUGAAGACAAGCUCCGCAGUAGAAACCAAGAGCCCGUCUUUCUUUUGUUCUGCGUCAGUCGCAGACUCGGACCUGACAAGCAUCAUGAAUAUGGGAUUUUCCCGGGAGCUGGCCGCCCAAGCUCUGGGUAACACCGGCGGAGACGUGAACAGAGCUAUUGAUUGGAUAUUCUCCCGCUCUGAAGCAGAUGCGUUCGGUGCGUCCAGUGUAGAAACUAGCAGUGGGACAUUUUCAGUUAACGCUUUAGCCCAGCACGGAGCUACCGGAAAGUAUAGGCUCACUGGCCUCAUAUCGCACAUGGGCACUUCUGCUUUUACCGGGCAUUACGUUUGCCAUUUGAGAAAAGAGGAGAAAGGCGACAAGUUUGUGCUGUUCAACGAUGAGAAGGUGGCCGUUAGCGAGAACCCUCCUCUUGCGCAUGGAUACAUGUACCUGCUGCAUCGUUUGGACAACGAGUAGUGAUUUUAGGUAACAGUACUAUAUUUUAAGACUUUAAGACUCGUUUUAACCUAUUUUUAAAGUCUUUAUCAAAGUUAAAUAUAGCGAGUAUUAUUAUAAAUCCAAUAAAAAUUCAGUUUUAUGAA